GAGGCGGGGCUUGGAGUUUGAGGCGCCUCAAGGCUGGCCGGAGCUGCUUCGUGGCCGCGACGCUGAGAGGAGGGUGGAGGGCCGCCUCAGGAGGACGAGGACGACGCUGCCCCUCUCCCGCCUCUCUCCCUACCCGCCCGGGAGCUCAUUCGGUCCCCUCAGGGGCUCCUUGGGGGGCGCGGGACCCUCGCCUCAGCUGCCAAGGCCCACCCGGAGUAAAUGGGUUUGCAUGACGUUUCCUACAAACUAAGGCAGUUCCAUGUCUUGCUUGGACUGUUCCUGUAUUCUACGGACACGAGUUGAAUCCUUUGGCGCAGACAAGAACUCUGAGGACAGCAGCAGUCAAGACUCGACAGAUGAGUCUGCUGCAUUUUGGAGCCAGUCAUCUAGAAGAAGAGAUGAGCAAAUAUCGUGGUCCUCUGAUGUAUCACAUUAUGAUCUCCAGGUGGAAAUAGGAAAGGGAUGCAACAACUUGACUUCAAUCUACCUCGCACGUCAUACCCCCACAGGAAUGCUGGUGGCUGUCAGGAUCACAGAUCUGGAGAGAUGUUCCGAAGACCACUUGAAAGCUUUGCAGAACGAAGUGACGUUAUCCCACACCUUUCGUCACCCCAACAUCAUGACUCUUUGGGCAGUGUUCACCGCUGGAAGCUGGCUGUGGGUCAUUUCACCUUUCAUGGCCUAUAGUUCAGCCGGUCAUCUGCUGAGGACCUACUUCCCCGAUGGCAUGAGCGAAGCCUUGAUAGGAAAUAUCCUGUUCGGCGCCAUUAGCGGCUUAAGCUACAUGCACCACCAUGGCUAUAUUCACAGAAGUAUUAAAGCCAGCCACAUACUGAUUUCAGGGGAUGGCCUAGUUUAUCUGUCUGGCUUAAAUCACCUUUACAGUUUAAUCAACAACGGGCAAAGGUUGAAAGCUGUAUACGACUUCCCACAGUUUAGUACAUCAGUGCUUCCUUGGCUGAGUCCUGAACUACUGAGACAGGAUAUAUAUGGAUAUAAUGUGAAAUCUGACAUCUACAGUGUGGGGAUUACAGCAUGUGAACUAGCUAACGGGCACGUGCCCUUUCAGGAUAUGCCUCGCACACAGAUGCUGCUGCAGAAACUUAAAGGUCCGCCUUAUUAUCCCUGGAGCGUCAAUACUUUCCCGCGUGGUGAAUCUGGGAUAAAAAAUUCUCGGUCGGGGAUUGACUCUGGAAUUGGUGAGAGCAUGACGCACACGAUGACCAGUGAGAGACUGCAGACACCCCCCAAGACCUUCUCUCCUGCUUUCCAUAACUUGAUAGAACUCUGCUUGCAGCAGGACCCCGAGAAAAGGCCUUCAGCGAGAGGUCUUCUGUCGCACGCUUUUUUCAAGCAGGUGAAAGAACAAAGCAGAGGUUCAUUACUCUCGCUGCUGUCUCCUUCCAUCCAGCACACCCAGUCACAAACACCAGCAGUGCAUUCGUCGGCUGCCUGGAGUCAGUCGAAGUGCAUUCUGACAGACGAGAAAGAGAGAUACUGGGAAUUCUAGCGUGAUUGAAGUCCUGCUUGCACCACGUCUCUCCCAGGAAAAUGUGAUAGAUAUAUAUUUUGCUGCUUUUCUUUUUUUAAGGUGAAGAUAUAAACGGCGGUAUACUUGAAAAUGAUUUUUUUAAAAAUGUACAGUUUAUAUUAUGAUAAUCAGACUGUUCUUCCAAAGUGCUACUGUGAGAAUGCAAUAUCUCAUUGGCUGUUAGAAGUGCCUACAAUUUCAGCCCUCUUUUCCUUCUUGUGGACUUCAAGGUGAAGGUACGUGCUUUAUGAUAAAAGAGCAGUUUACUGUGGCACUGAGAACGUCUGCAUUGUUAGCAGAGAUUUUUUUCCUGAGUUCCUGGAGCUCAGAAAGCCCAGUGUGGUGAAUCCCAACAGCUGUCUUGGAUGGUAAAUUUGAGCCAAAAGAAGAGUUCCUCCUUUCUCCCGCCCCACCCUAGCAUCUGCCCCAUUGAUGUGGAGCAACCAGAAUGCAGUGUCAGAAUCCAGCUGACAGGAUGAAAAAAUCCUUUUCAACAUCUGUUCUCCCCCGGGGCUUUUUUUUUUUGUAGCAGGAAUUCCUUUGCUUAUUAGGCCGAACCCCCCAAUGUAGCCAAUCCUGGAGCUUACAGUAGGCCGUGUAAGAAGAGCCCUGUAAACUCUUGGAGGAUUGGCUACAUCAGGGAGGUGAGGUCUAAUAUGCAAAGAAGUUCCUGCUACAAAAGAAGCCUGAUUUCCCCCUCCCCCACCCCCCGUAUUUUCUGGGAGUGCCCAGAAUGCCUGGCUGUUGAUCCCUGGGAACUACAGUUCCCAGAACAUACUGGAGGAGGAAGAAAAGAAGGCAGCUGAUGCACUCUGGAAAAAGGGUUUCUUGAACCUCUGGCCAGUAAUGUCAAGCAUGCCAAGAACGAUGGUUCCUAAAACUGGGAAUGGGGAUGUUGAUGCUGCAGGUACUUUUCUCUCUUCUUGCUUGCUUCGUCCUGUUGUUCCCCAUCAGAACAGCAGUUUGAUAGAAGGCUGGUGCCCAGAACUUCUUGACCCUCCUGAGGUCAUCACUGGGUGUGCUGGGUGUUUCACAGCUGUGUGAGAGCUUAGAUUUUCAGCUCUAAUAUAAAGCUGAUUUUAUUCUAAACAGGGACUCAGUUUGUUUAAGAUGGAUUCCAAGGUGACCUGGGUAAAGGGAGAGUUCACUCAUCCCUUUGAGCUCUGACCUAAAAUCUUGUUUCUAAUCUCCCUCUCAGACUUUUUUACACAGUAAUAUCCAUAGGGCUUUUUUUUGUAGCAGGAACUCCUUUGCAUAUUAGCCCCCCCCCCCCAAUGUAGCCAAUCCUUGAAGAGUUUAGAGGGCUUUUAGUACAGAGCCUACUGUAAGCUCCAGGAUUGGCUACAUCAGUGGGGUGCGGCCUAAUAUGCAAAGGAGUUCCUGCUACAAAAAAAGCCCUGAUGUAUUCAUGUGAACACUACAUAUAGAAACUUUUUCCUUGCCUUUUCUUAUUUACAAAAAGCAGUAAUGUGUCGGCUUUUCUGCCACCUCCAGUUGCCGGAGCAGCUAUUACUGUACCCCAGAAAAAGCUGGUUUUUUUUUUUUUUUUAAUGGAAAGUAUUCACCCUCUUCACAAAACCUAACCAAGGCAGAAUAAAUUUGUUUAAACAGUUAACAAAACCCUGAAAUUACUUGAUCGUAUUAUUCGAUGCUUACGCUAAAUGGUAUCUGGAACGACACCACUCAAAACCAUAGCUGGUCUUGAAGUAGGCCGUAUUUCAAAAGGCAUACUCUGUAGGACUUGCGUGUAUGGAAAGGGAAGUACAUAAAUGAUGCAAGAAUACCUGUUGAGCCGUGCAAAUAGAUCCAUCAGCUAAAACUGGCACAUCGGUACGUGGCUGCUGGAACCAUACUUCUCCGUGCUAGCCCAGAAGGCAAUACGUUCAUAAGGAAAGAUGACCUUUGCCUGUUGGCGUCUGACCUUUUUUCAAUGUUCCGUUUGUUGAUAUGACAAACAUGAGCCCGAAUGACAGAAAGGAUGAGAAGUGAGAACACAAAAGGUCGGACUGCCAGGAAGCAACGGACUGCUUUCUUUUGUAUUUUAGUGCUGUGAAAUCACUGAAUAAACAUGACUGUUAACCAAAAUUUAUUGCUGUCUCUAUGGCAUCCGGUCCCAGAGAGGCUUUUAAUGCCGUGAGGUAUUUACAACUGUAUUUUAUUCUUGUACAUUUCUAUUUGAUCAUGUAAAAUAAGAUUAUUGCUUGGGUUUUUUUGUAUAGCUGUUAAGAACAUAAUCUCACAAAGUUAAAUCAGAUAUGUGAUGCAGUUAACAUCACAAGCAUUAUUUUGACUAGCAAACUACUGAAGUACAAUUGUGCGUUACCUAUCUCACUCCCACAUGUGUAUAACUGGAAUAAAAUGUACUGCGUAUUUAAA